CUUUUUCCGAUCGGCCAUAGUGCAAAAUGGCGUCGCCUACUAGAUAAUCGUAAGGAAUGUGCCUGUAUUUCGUGCGCGAAGUGUAACAAUAGGAAACGAAGAUAAAGGGCGUAGGACCGGAAACGGACACCUAACGAUUUGAUGCUUGUCAAAGAUGCAGAAUGUGGCGCAGGGCAACGCAGCAGACAGUCCGAAAAUAGCCGAGAACAUUACCAUUACCAGCAACGGCGAAACCAACGGCGGCCCAACAACCGGCCGUACAACACUAACAACCGCGGCUACUCCCCUAUCAUCGAAUUCUAGCCCCGCCAAAUCUGAAACGGAAACUUAUUCGGAACAUAGACGAUUUAUGUCCGACACAUCCGAGAGCGAAGAGGACAGCGUAUCCGAGGUGGAGUCGUUUGUCAUUGAUCAGGAGUUUGAGGAGGAUCCCCAGGUUGAGGCCGCCAAAUUUCUACUCAGCGCCCAAGAGGACCGCUCUGUUGAUCCCGAGACCCAGGCUCGAUUGGAAGCCCUCCUCAAGGCGGCAGGUAUCAGUCAGUUUGCAACAAAGGAUGGUAAGCAUUUAGCCGAUCCCGAAGUAUUAAGACGAUUGACAUCAAGUGUAUCGUGCGCCUUAGACGAGGCUGCAGCAGCAUUGACCCGCAUGCGAUCAGACAGCACGCGUGGUGGCCAGGCGGAGAAGACCUCUCUGGUGGAGGCGUGCACGGAUGGCGACGUCGGCACCGUACGGAAGCUGCUGACAGAGGGCCGGUCCGUGCACGAGACGUCCGAAGAAGGCGAGAGUCUACUAUCCCUGGCUUGUAGCGCCGGCUAUUACGAACUCGCACAGCAGGUGUUAUUAGCGAUGCACGCCAACGUGGAAGAUAGAGGCAUCAAAGGGGAAUGUACCCCUUUGAUGGAAGCAGCGUCCGCGGGACAUUUGGACAUUGUACGUCUUUUGGUAGUCCAUGGAGCUGAUGUAAAUGCCCAAUCAACGUCAGGAAAUACGCCUUUAAUGUAUGGAUGCGCCGGUGGGCAUCAAGACGUCGUAAAAUUUCUCUUAGAAAACGGGGCGAACGUCGAAGACCACAACGAAAACGGUCACACACCCCUCAUGGAAGCGGCAUCCGCGGGUCAUGUCGGUUUAGCUAAGAUCCUCUUAGAACACGGGGCCGGCAUAAACACCCACUCAAAUGAAUUUAAAGAAUCCGCGUUAACGCUGGCUUGCUAUAAAGGCCACCUAGAUAUGGUUAAAUUUUUGUUGGAGGCGGGGGCGGAUCAAGAACACAAAACGGAUGAGAUGCACACCGCUUUAAUGGAGGCCUCGAUGGACGGUCACGUUGAAGUCGCCAGGCUCCUUUUGGACUCUGGCGCGCAAGUUAAUAUGCCCACCGAUAGUUUCGAAUCUCCGCUUACGUUGGCCGCGUGUGGGGGGCACGUCGAUCUUGCGUUGUUGCUUAUUGAGAGGGGCGCUAAUAUCGAGGAGGUUAACGAUGAGGGAUAUACCCCGCUAAUGGAAGCGGCUCGCGAGGGUCAUGAAGAAAUGGUGUCUUUAUUGCUCAGUCAAGGAGCAAAUAUAAACGCCCAAACUGAUGAGACCCAAGAAACAGCUUUAACAUUAGCAUGUUGCGGAGGUUUCACCGAAGUAGCGGAUUUCCUCUUAAAAGCAGGGGCAGAUAUCGAUUUAGGCGCCUCAACCCCCCUUAUGGAAGCAGCGCAAGAAGGCCACUUAGAAUUAGUGAAAUACCUACUUGAGAAUAACGCAACCGUUCACGCCCAAACACAAACGGGCGAUACGGCUUUGAGUUACGCUUGUGAGAAUGGACACACGGACGUAGCAGAUUUGCUGUUACAAUACGGGGCCGACCUUGAGCACGAAUCGGAAGGAGGAAGAACGCCUUUGAUGAAAGCUUGCAGGGCCGGCCAUCUUUGUACCGUGCAGUUUUUGAUAUCAAAAGGGGCCGAUGUGAGAAGGCAGACGUCUAAUAAUGAUCACACGCCGCUUUCGUUGGCUUGCGCCGGCGGGCAUUUAAGCGUUGUCGAAUUGUUGUUGACGCAUCGAGCCGACCCUAAUCACAAGCUCAAAGAUAACUCGACCAUGCUAAUCGAAGCCGCUAAAGGAGGUCAUACAGCCGUCGUCCAAUUACUCCUAGAUUAUCCCCAUUCGAUGAACUCAAUGAUGCUGAAUCAACAAGGCGCUGCGGCUGCCGCGGCCGCCACCAAUUUAUCGAUAUUACCCGGACAAGUUCGCGAUUCGCCGCUUUCAUCUACUUCAUCCCAACCAGAAAUUGAUUUCUUUCAACCAACACCCAAUAUCUUUGGAUCCACUGUUUUACAAGAAGUUCCUGAAGCAGUGAGGAUCAUAACCCAAGAAGAGGCUUCCACAUCAGUCCAAGACAUGACCAAACUGGUGCACGGCGCUGAUUCUUCGGGACGUCUCGCGGACAUCCAACACCAACAUCACCACCAACAGGCGUUCGACGGUAGUUUAACGUCUGCGGAAGCCCAACAAGUUCGAACGCAACCUGUGCCUGUUGCGGAACUUGAAGAUCACGACGUGUUCGCCACGUCAGCGACCGUUCAUUUCCUUUCCAGCGAAACGGAACGAUUAAAAGAUGAUGAAAUCGACGAAGGGGGCGAUCAGAAAAAGCAACAGAUUUUAGAGGAAUUACACCAGGUAGAUAGAGAGUUCCUUGGGAAGCAGCAGACGCACAAUCACCUGCUGUUGUCGCAGUAUGCUGUUCCUCCAGAGCAGUGUCAACAAACUGCUAACACCUCACUGCCACACACUCUCAAUAUUGAUAUUGCUAUGCAACAACAGCAAGGCUUGGGAACAAGCAUGCCUGGAACAAUGUUUUCAAGUAGUAACCUGCAAGUGCACAACGCCUUCUAUACGGGGGCAACUUGUUUGCAAUCGCCGGGUGUACCCUUAAAAUUAGCCGUCGGAAACGAGUCGAAUUCCGGUUUUGCGCCAGCUCAAGCACCGCCAACAUUCUAUUUUGCGCCAUUGAAUAGUUCGGUGGCGGUACCGCUCUCUUCUGCGACAACAACGAGCCCCGCCGCCGCCGCCGCCGCGCAACCGGUCAAAGUGCAAACCGUCGCCUCGCACGCCGAAGUCAACCAAAGUACGGCGAUUAGCGAUCGACCGAAAGCCAAACCCGUCUCGAAGAAAGAUUGCAAGAACCUGCGCAAACAACCGUAUCAGCCGAACUUGUACGGCGCGGCGCAACCUUUGCUCUUCCCACAACCGUUAACGCAAACCCAACCGAAUACGACCACUCAAACUCAACAGCAACCGUCUCAACAAAACGGUCAACAAGACGCUGGGAAAUUAAGCGUCGUGGAAACUGUAAACGUUCAACAAUUAGAUUUGGAAACUUUGGAUCAAACGUUUGAUUUGAAAGAUGAGGCGCAAGAAAAUUUGUUGACGGCUCAGAUUUUACAUCAGAUUCAUAAUUCUCCACAACUAAAUUCUAUAAGGGCUGCAUUUGUUGGGUCACCCGUGCAGUCUUAUCCAACAACAUUAGACGAGACCAUGAUCGCGACUUUAGCAGCACACCAACAAGAACCCCCACCUACAGAUGUAUCUCGAGUGGAAUAUUUCGCCGUUCCAACCGGAAAUACCACUCAAUUACAGGUACAACACACUUUAUAUCCAUAUGAACAUUACCUCCCUGGAGUUGGUUUAGGGACUGUUGGCACCAUAUCCAACAAAGAACAAAGUGGCGCAAUCUACCAAGCUGGAUUUCAAGCGGGGAUUAAUCUUAUGCAACAACAACUCGCAUGUCCGACUGUUUCUUCAACCGACACUGUCACAACGGCAACUGUAAUUCCGGCCACUUUAGUCCCAGCAACGGUUGCUACGAUUCAAGGAACGGCCGCGCAGUACAACACUCAAACCUUGCCAACUUCUUGUACUCACAGGGUCGUUCCGCCCGGAGCGAUCCCCACCCACCACUGCCAAGUGCCGUGCACUGGUCAACAUCACCAUCAAUCGUUACAAGUGCAAGCACAACAACAACAGCAACAACAAGCCCAUCAAGUUCAAGCGGCUACCCAAACCCAACCUUCAAACGUCGUAAACGAUGGGAAGCGACAGACUAAAUCGGUUGGGUCGCAGAAUUAUACGAGUAGUGGCGGUGGUGGGGGUAAGAAGAAAGGGAAGAUGUUGAUGCAUAGGUAUCAAGAUCCGAAUCAAACUCAACAAAAUGGAGGGAUUCAACAGGGACAAGGGAAUCAAAUCGACCCAAACGCUGUGAAUCAGUACACUGGUACACCAUCUCAAGGAUGUCAAAUGGCUGUGGCUGUCCCCCCACCAGGUUAUUGCAUGGAUGUAGACUCCGAAACCGAAAGUAAUCACGAUACAGCCUUAACCUUAGCAUGCGCUGGUGGACACGAAGAACUCGUAGAACUUCUCCUUCAAAGAGGCGCCGACAUCGAGCACAGAGACAAAAAGGGUUUUACUCCUUUAAUAUUAGCAGCCACUGCCGGGCACGAAAAAGUCGUUGAAAUUCUUUUGAAUCAUAGCGCGGACAUUGAAGCGCAAUCAGAAAGAACUAAAGACACCCCAUUAAGUCUUGCGUGUUCUGGAGGGAGAUACGAGGUGGUUGAGCUUCUCUUAAAUCGAAACGCAAAUAAAGAACAUCGCAACGUAUCCGACUACACCCCGCUAAGUUUGGCCGCUUCCGGCGGUUACGUGAACAUUAUCAAAUUGUUAUUAAACAAUGGGGCCGAAAUUAAUUCCCGCACGGGCAGUAAACUUGGGAUAUCACCGUUGAUGUUAGCUGCCAUGAACGGCCACACCGCCGCCGUUAAACUCCUCUUGGACAUGGGAAGUGAUAUAAACGCCCAAAUCGAAACUAAUCGCAACACCGCCUUAACUUUGGCUUGCUUCCAAGGAAGACACGAAGUGGUUAGUUUGCUUCUGGAUCGAAAAGCAAACGUUGAACAUCGCGCAAAAACGGGUUUGACGCCUUUGAUGGAGGCCGCCAGCGGUGGAUACGUCGAAGUUGGUCGCGUUUUACUAGAUAAAGGGGCCGAUGUUAACGCGACGCCCGUUCCAUCGUCAAGAGAUACGGCUUUAACAAUAGCGGCCGAUAAAGGCCACGUGAGAUUCGUCGAAUUGUUGUUGUGUCGAGGAGCUUCCGUCGAAGUUAAAAACAAAAAAGGUAAUUCCCCGUUGUGGUUGGCAGCAAACGGGGGUCAUCUAAGCGUCGUCGAGCUUCUUUAUAAUUUAAACGCGGAUAUUGAUUCUCAAGAUAACCGGAAAGUCUCUUGUUUGAUGGCCGCGUUCCGGAAGGGACACGUAAAGGUGGUCAAAUGGAUGGUUAAUCACGUGACGCAAUUUCCGAGCGAUCAAGAGAUGAUCAGAUAUUAUUCCACGAUUAGUGAUAAAGAGCUUCUUGAUAAAUGCCAGGAGGGGGUUAAUAUAAUACGAGCUGCUAAAGAUACUCAAGCUGCGAAAGCAAAUAAGAACGCAACGAUUUUAUUGGAGGAGUUAGAUAUGGAGAAAAACCGAGAGGAAUCUAAAAAGGCGGCGGCGGCGCGUAGGCGAGAAAGAAAGAAGAAGAAGAAGUUGGAGAAAAAAGAGGAGAAAAGAAAACUACACGAAGAGAACAAAAAGAACGAGAAUUACGACGAUAAAGAGGAAAAAGGCGAUGAUAACGAAACUCAAGACGAAGAAAAUAGAGAAAAUACGAAUUCACCCGUUCGAGAGAACGAAAAAGAGGAGGGCGACAGCGGGAUAGACGCCAACAGCCAGGGAAGUUGCUCGAGUAACGAAGUGAAAUCGAAGGAAAAGCGCAAAGAUAAAAAGAAGAAAAAAGGGGCAGGUUCUAAAAACGAAGCGAGAUCUAAUCGAGGCAAUAAAGCCGAAUCGAAAAAAGACGAAAACAAAGACGGCAAAGAUAAAGAUAUGAAAAAGACCGCGACAAGUACUCCACGAAAAAACUUAGUAUUUGAGGCAACUAAACACCCCGCCGAAAGAGAUGAUUUCGAAGCGACCGGAAACGAGUACGUCUCCCCACCAAAAAAUAAAAAAUUAGAAUAUUUCGAUGCCACAUCAGCAACGACCAGCACAAAAUCAACCCAACAAACGAGCCCGAAACAAUUCAUUAAACGCGAAGAGGGUUGGAAAGAAGUCGUGCGUAAAUCCUCGCAACCCGUUGUGACAUCCGCCGAAAUCGCCGGUGUCAAAAAAGUUUCAGUUCCCUUAAACGCAAUUUCACGAGUUAUUGGGAGAGCCGGAAGUAACAUAAACGCGAUUAGAGGCGCAACCGGGGCUCACAUCGAAGUCGAAAAACAAAGUAAAGGCCAAGGAGAACGGAUUAUAACCAUAAAAGGAAACGGGGAUGUCGUUAAAAAAGCCGUUGCGUUAAUCCAAGCUUUAAUCAAAGACCCCGAUGCGGAUAUCUUUCAGUUAUUAUCCACAAAAAAGAACUCGACGACAACCACGCUUUGGGAUAAAACCCAAAUGGCGCAAAUUAAGAAAACGCCGGUUAAAAAUAUUAUUAGUUCGAUUCAAAUCCCGAUUACAACAACGCAACCGAAAAGUAUCACGGUUGUUUCAACGACCAGUACGAGAUUAUUAGUGAAAUCAAGAAGCACGGUGACUUCUUCAAAUACCCGACCGAUAGCGCCACCUAGGAUGAUCGCACAAGCCGAAAAAUACGUCACUAAAUUACCGACGUCGCAACCGAACGUUAUUACAGCGCGGAUUACAACCAAACCGAUUACGACGGUCGCGACGGAAACUUUCGCUGCUAAAUUAACCGAAUCGACGCAUACUUUAAAUAUUGCCGUAAGUUCGCAAGGAAAAUUACCGCAAAAAUUGCCGAGCUUAAACGUUCAAAAUCAACAGUCUAUAGGGCCCGUUAGUCCGUUGUUAAGUUCGAAUACAACAACGUCUUGUUCGAUGAAUCAAUUGUCUCCGAAACAUCAAUAUAAUCGGCCGAGUUCCGCCGGGUCAGCUCCACCGAGUUCUCAUUUUCCGGUUCCGGGAAAAAAUCCUUUCCCACCAACAUCUUCAUCAUCAUCAGAACAAACAAUUAAUAAUAACCACAGAAGUAAUACUCCGAUUCAAACUCCAAUUUCAUCGAGCAUCCAAGAAGAAAUCGGGGGGACCGUUACAAUUACAAUGCCCGCGCCUCAACAAUAUUCUUUGUUUAACACGGUUUCGCAACAAUCCAUGUUCCAACAAAGUAUGUUGAGGCGAGAGAAUGAGCAAAAGAAUUUUGCUGCUGUUACGGGCGGAGGAGGAAGUGGGAAUCAACCGGUUGCUCCAUUCAUCGAUCCUGAAACUCCCACGGUAGAUGCGUCGAAAGCCCCCGGGUAUCGAGGAACAACAGUUUCGAGUCCUGUUUCAUCGAAAGCGAGCAGUAACAGCACGACGCCUCCAAAUUUAAAUUUACCAACGAAUCCAAAUUUUAAUCAAUCUAAUCAGGCUUUACCCCCGAUUGGAACUAAUAUUUUACAUUCAACGCGGCCGUCAUCUCAAACGAAUCAAAACGAUUAUUUUUCCGCAUCCGAAUUAACCUCUAGAAACAUCCCCCAUUUGGCUCAUUCGGAUACGAAUCUAUACAAGCGGCAAAAUAAAAAUUAUCCCACCGCAAUGAACACGAUAGCUUUAAGUUUAAGCAACGAUCCUCAAAUUUUACAUUCGAACCUAAACUUUUCCCAACCCCAAUUAGCGUCGUCUCAAAAUUUACCACCUCAACCACCUACCAUUUCACGCCUAAACCCGAAAGCUCCCGACUUUUCCAGUUCCGUACACGGAAAGUACAGCAUGGAUCUUUUUAAUCCGCCGUCGUCGUUUCAACCGGGAAGUUCGAUUGGUUACCAUCCGAUGACGAAACAACAAAUACCGACGUUUAAUCAACAGCGAGUCCCGCAAUCCGCCUCGCAAAAUCGUUGGCCAAUGAUGGCUCAAAUCCAACCGCCUCCUUACAAUCAACAAACCAGCGAUUUGAUGAUAAGCGGGAUGGCUGGAAUGACGAUUCAUGGAUUGGCAAGAGUUACGGGGGGAGAUAUUUUGGAGAAUGGGGAAUUAGGAUUUUCGAAUAGCUCCCCGGCGAUGUCGCCGAAUCUUCAACCACAACACGUGAUUCAACAGGAAAAUCACCAAGAAGAUCGGAAACCACCCCCAAUUGGAACUGAGCGACGAAAAACUUAUCCGCAACAACCCGGCGGGGAUCAUAGUUGGGUCAAUGUUGAACCGAAAAUGUACCCCACCGAACGAGGAUGGAUGUCAAGUAAUAUGGAGCGAUAUCCACCGAUGCAACAAAAGCAGAUGUAUAACGAUACUGGGAUACCUCCUUUAAUGGAUACUUUUCAGGGUAUGGGGAUGGAUAAUAGCCAUGGUUAUGCUAAUGGCACUCCUUUACCACAUUAUUACCAGUUGCAACAACAACCCAUGGUUAAUAUGAGAGAGUAUCCCCCAAAUGAUCAAAUUAAAAUGGGCGGUGGCGGAAGCGGAGGUUUAUCUUGGGAACAAUCAAAUAUGGAUUUACAAGAUAAACAACAGGGAUGGCCAAUGAUGGCAACGAAAUGGAAUAAUCCUUAACUUGGUGAUGAAAAA